AUGACCUAUAGCGAACACAAUGCAGAGGACAGCUGCCUAAAAAACCAGCACGGGCUUUGCCCUGCGCAGGACGAAGCUAUCAAAAACUGCCCCGCGGCCGCUGACCGUGCGGAUCCCGAAAAGCCUCCGGCCCCGGCUCCGGACAAGACGGGCCUUGAAUAUGGAGCCAUAGGACACUCCGACAAUGCAGGCUCGACGCCGACCGAUCGUGAAGCCGAUCUUGAGUUUCCCGAAGGUGGAAUCCGAGCAUGGCUUGUAGUGUUUGGCUCCUUCUGUGGAAUGUUUUCGGUGUACGGUCUCAUUAACACCGCCGCUGUGUUUGAAUCGUACUUUUCUGAGAACCAGCUACGCGACUACUCGUCGUCUCAGAUCGGCUGGAUCUUUAGUCUCUAUCUGUUUAUGGUAUUUAUCGUCGGUAUACAGGUUGGACCUGUUUUUGACAAAUACGGUCCCCGACUUAUCGUGGCUUCGGGAGGUAUACUCAUCGCCACCAGUCUCUUUCUACUCAGCGUUUCUGAAGAAUUCUACCAGAUCAUCCUCUCAUACUCGGUCGUGGGCGGUCUCGGGGGUGCCCUCCUUAAUUCACCAUCUUAUGCAACCAUUGCCCACUGGUUUGACGUCAGACGCGGUCUCGCGACAGGCGUUGCGAUGACAGCUGGCUCAAUUGGUGGGAUUAUCUUUCCCAUUGUUUUGCAAAAGCUCCUCCCUAGUAUCGGAUUCGGAUGGACCACCCGCAUCCUCGGAUUUAUUAUCCUAGGCCUGACCGUGCCGGCCACUCUCCUUAUGCAAUCACGUCUACCACGACAGAAUAAGGUAUCAUCUGUCUGGCCCGAAUUUGGCAUCUUCAAAGACCUGAAGUUUGCGUUCUCGGCUCUAGGGAUCUUUUUUAUGGAAUGGGGUCUCUUCGUGCCGUUGACGUACAUCGUGUCUUACGCCGGGAGACAUUCUGGCGACGCCAACAGCUCUUACACUCUCAUCUCGAUACUCAAUGCCGGUUCUUUGUUUGGUCGUUUCCUCCCUGGUCUUUUAGCCGACAAGAUUGGGAGAUUUAACGUCAUCCUUCUUACGCUUGGGUUAUGCAUCAUAUCUGCCUUUGCCCUGUGGCUUCCAGCCGGUGAUUCUGAGGCCAUGAUCAUCGCGUUCGCCGUUGUGUUUGGCUUUGCCUCGGGUUCAAACCUUGGAUUGACUCCAGUAUGUAUCGGGCAGUUGUGCGACCCUCGAGACUACGGACGAUUCAUUUCCGCAGCUUUUAUGGUAGCCAGCUUUGGAACACUCAGUAGCUUGCCCAUCGCUGGUGCUCUCCUCGAAGCUGGGCACAAUGGUGAUUCUGGCUGGACAGCUCUCAUCGUGUUCGAUGGGUUAUCUUAUGUCCUGGCGCUGGCUUGUUUCCUUGCUGCAAGGGUCAUGGCAGUUGGUUGGAAAGUCAAGCGCGUCUACUAA